AGAAGGACCCGGCACGGCUGGUCGCGCGCGGUGCAUCCGCGGCAGCUGCGGACCCGACGGCGUCCGCCCCCUGCCCGGUCCCGCGGGCCGCCGCGGCGAGAGGGCCUCGGGCUGCGGUGCUGCGCUCGCGAGGGGCUGUGCGGCGUGGCUGCGCGGGGACCGACACCACAGGGCCUCUGAGCUGCUAGAGACUUCAGCCUUGGUGGCCAGACGCUCCCAACGUGUUGUACGCGCUUGCAGCUUCAGGAAGCUGCUCCUCAGGCUGUGCCCAUCCUGUUUGGCAGCCCAGCUACCAUGGAGGCCCCAGAAGUCCCUGUGGGCUCCCUGAUUGACUUUGAGACUGAACCACCUACCUCCCCUCCUUUGGAAGCAGCACCAUCAACGCUCCAGGACCCAGAUGGCUCCCUGGGUGAUGGUGCGUCUGAGAGUGAGACCACUGAGUCCGCAGACAGUGAGAACGACAUGGGCGAGUCACCAUCACACCCAUCCUGGGACCAGGACCGACGCUCUUCCUCCAAUGAGUCCUUCUCCUCCAAUCAGAGUGCUGAUUCAGCCCCAGAUGAGGAAACUUUGGCACUUCGAGAGUUCAUGCGCAGCUAUGUAGAGAAGAUUUUCUCUGGAGGGGAGGACUUGGACCAGGAAGAGAAAGCCAAGUUUGGAGAGUACUGCAGCGGAGAAGAUGGGAAAGGCCGGGAGUGGUUCGCACGCUUUGUGAGCGCACAGCGCUGCAAAUCCAAGUGUGUGUCUGAGCCAACCUUCUACCGCCUGGUGCAGUCCUUCGCGGUGGUGCUUUUUGAAUGCCACCAGAUGGACGAUUUCGGGCCUGCCAAGAACCUCAUGACCAUGUGCUUCACCUACUACCAUCUGGGCAAGCCCCAGCUGCCCCCUACAGAGCCCAGGGAGAAGCCAGCGGGCAGCAUAGACUCCUACCUAAAGUCAGCCAACAGCUGGCUGGCCGAGAAGAAGGACAUUGCCGAGCGGCUGCUGAAGAACACAGAGAACAUGAAAGGCUUCUUCGGGGGCCUGGAGACCAAGCUGAAAGGACCGCUGGUCAGGAAAAAUGAGGAAGAUGAGAACAAACCUAAGGACAGGCAGAUGAAGACUGUGACCGUGAUCAGCCCUGAGGAUGAGCAGAAGGGGGAGAAGGUUUACCUGUACACCCACCUGAGGCAGCAGCCCAUCUGGCACACGCUGCGGUUCUGGAAUGCGGCCUUUUUUGAUGCUGUCCAUUGUGAGAGGCGGAAGCGAUCCCCCACCACCAGAGGGGAUGCUGGAGAGCAGGAGGAGAAGAGGGAGAAAUGGUGCCACAUGACCCAGGAAGAACGGGAUGACAGCCUGCGCUUCAACGAGAACAUCACCUUUGGGCAGCUGGGCACGUUCACCCACAACAUGCUGGCCUUUGGCUUGAACAAGAAGCUAUGCAGUGACUUCCUGAAGAAGCAGGCUGUGAUUGGCAAUCUGGAUGAGGAGCAAUACAAGCUGCUAAGUGACCACAUCGAGCAAAUGGCCACAGAGUAGGAGAUCAGCACGGGCUCUUCUCCUAGGAUCUGUCGCCCCAGUGAUGACCCUGCAUGACACCAGCAGCACCCAGAGCCACUCCUUGCUGCCCUAGAACUAGCAGUUAAAAGACUCCAGAAGCCUGUCUCCCCUGCCUGUGUCUGCUCUCCCUCUCUGUAUUAAGGUGUCCCCUGGGUUACACAGCUAAACGUGAGGGACCAUCUACCUGCCCCCCUUGAGCACCAGGCUUGUGAGAUGAGACAGAGGGUGGAGGAAGAGGCCAUGAGGGAUGGUCCCUACAGUUCCUGCUGAGAGCCACUGACAUGUGGUUAUAGAAGUGCAGGAGGGGAUCCACAUAGCUGCAAUGUGAGGACAGGAUCGGUGCUGUGAAUGACAGCCUGCCACUCCCUGCCACAUGACCCCCUGUGAGCGUAAGAUGCACAGAGGGACCAUGGAACCUUCCUGAAAGGUCUCAGCUAUCUGCUCUUCUCCACCUCCUCAUGGGACAGGAACUGAAAGAGAACUCAAGGGUUGUCACUUUCCUAGAGGGUGUGGGCAUUCUGCCGGCCACAACCAUGUCUCAGACUCAAGAGCUCCAUCAACAGAACCUCGGAACUGUCCACGCAACACAGUCUCUCCCUCAAUAGCACAGAAGGUUCUUCAGCUCCCAGGCCACAGCAACAUAUGCCGUGGGAUGCAGGAACCGUGGGGGAGCGUUCUCUUCGGCAGCUCUGGGGGGACGGAGCUAAGAACAGUGGUUCAUCCGGAGCACACAGAAUGGAUCUGACUGAGGGAGGAGACCACAGGAAAGCAAGGUUGCCUGGUAGCUCCAGCCCACAGUCCUCUCCUUCUGAAAGACCCACUGUAAUCUGCCUCCUCUGCAUCCUGGUACCAGGACUGACCCUCAGCAUCCAGCGUGCUGGCUCCAGAGCUGCUGUCCCCAUCCACGCCAGUGGCCUUGGUCCCUUCUGUGCCAGGCAUUCUGGUCACUGACCUUGAACUAGGCCUGCAGGCUCUCCUGUCACCCUGCAUCACCUCACCCUUCUCUGUCCCUCAGCCUUUAGUCACAUUUAGUCAUGGUCUGCCUGUGAGCGCAGCGGGUUCUCUCUUGACAGCUGUGAGCUCAGCUGGUGUGGGCGAGCCUUUCCUGCGGGAAGAGCCUCCCAGGGAUGUCCAAAGAAGAGCAGGAUAGGCAGAGCUGUGGGAUGUACAUUUCCUGGAUGUCGGGGGUGACUGAGGCAGUACAUCAAUCCCUGAGCUAUUCAAGCAAAUGCUGACGGGCAAAUCAGCCCCUGAUGGCAUAGUGUGUGCCAACCGGUACACCUGACUCAGCGUUAGGAUCCUAUAACCAUGCCUGUCCCCACUCUGUGUUUUAGGGAAGUGACAUAAAGUGAGGUUGCCCUUGCUAAGUCCUGCUGUCCUCUCUAGAGCCUUCCUCAGCUGUGCAAGCAAGGUAGCCUCUCCUUGCUCCUCCCAGUCCUGCCCUGGCAUGAGUUCGGGUGUAGGAGGACAUGACUCCUACAGGUGCUGUGAGAUGCACCAGUCUUGUGCAGCAGCACCUGUGGUCUGACCUCUGCCUUGCCCUCCUGCAGCCAUGAACCGCCUUAAGGGGAAGAGUGCCAAUGGUCCCAACAUGGACUUCAGAAGUGACUUUGAGACUGUCCCUGCUGACCUUUUGAGAUAGUCACUUAAGGAAGGAUGGCGCACUCUCAUCUGUCUCUUGUUCCUUAUUGUUGCAGAUCUAGCUCCACAGAGUCAGAAAGUUCUGACCCACAUUAUACCCACGUGCACUGCUAAGGCCAUGGUAACCCUCUGGGGACAGAGCAGCCAUUGAUGGGAGCAAAGCUUGCAGGUGCCUGGAGUUGGUCCCACCAUUGCCUGCAGAUGUCCUUCCUCUGUUCAGAGUUAGGUUUAGUGAGCAUUUCAUGUCAGGGAGCCUCUGGCCAGUGUCUCUGGGAGGUCACUACCCUGAGGUACCCUCUCUUUCUGUCAUAGCUUUCUCCUAGGGCCCCAACAAGCAUAAACCGAGCUUGCUGGCAAGCACUCCUUGGCUCCCCUGCCGAGCUCAUGAACCACAGACAGACAGUUCAGAUUACCUGGAUAAUCCCAAGCAGUAGCUCCAGUCUCAACUGGUAGUGGCCCGGAUCCAUGCAGGCCCAUUAGCACUCAUUCAAACCUUCCUGGGCUGUGACCUUCAAGGCUGUGUAAAUCAGUGUCAAGCACAUUAUAGUGUUUGUCCUCACAGGAAAAAAAAAAAAAGUCCCCUGUUCUGAAAACAGGCCAGUGGUGGGCCACCACUCUGCUGUGAUCAGCUCUGUUAGGUUAUUGAGCAUGUUAGAGGCCGAGCAUGGUGACCUCCAGGCUACCUCUGCAGAGUGACUAGCCAUAGGCAGAGCUGCGUUAUGGUAUACUGAGAGAUCUGCAUUGUUCAACCUGCCUGACUGAUUUUCCUCUCAUCUAAGACACAAAGAGACUUUGGAGCUCAGCAUCUCAAGAGGACUGGGGUCAAGGCUCGUCUCCAAGCUUCAUCUGCAAAGGAAGGAGGUCUUCCUAGCUGAGCCUACUGUACAUCUGUAGUCCCUCACUCAGGAGAUGGAAGAAGGAGGGUCAGGAGUUCAAGGUCAUCCUUGGCUACAUAGGGGGUUCAAAGACAGCCUGGGCCCAAUGAAACCUGGUCUCAAGAAAAACAAAACCAAUCAAAUAUGAUCCUAAGAAUUCAGGGUGGGCUUAGAGCCAGCGUCUCAGCUUGAGAUGGAAUGGGAUUCACAGCCUGCCUUGUCACUCCUCACCUGAGAGGAAGCAGUGGGUGGUCUGACUCUUUCUGCAGCCCAGGGACACAGGAGGUUUCAGGGACAGUGCCCUACUCUAGAAACACCUGCCACUCUAGAUUGUUAGAGAGUGAGGGGAAGAAUGUGGAAAGCUGAGGUCUAAUUGUGGUGACAUUAGCAGUCCCAGGCCACAAGCCAUACCCAACCUUGACCUUCCUAGGUCACACUGACCAGUUGGUUUUUCUGUUAGGGAGGGAAGGUCUGGGCCUACUUAGCAAGAACAGCUUUAUUCCGGUUCCCAGACCACAUUCAGACAGCCAGGAGACCUGGGUACUAGAGGAAAGCAGUAGGAAGGGACUCCAGGAGGUGGCGCUGACCUCACAGCUUCUGGGAAGUAGCAGAGAUGCCUCGGCUCCAGGCUCCUGCCCCUACUGCUCCCACCUUCCAAGCCAGCUCCAGAGCCCCCGCUAAGAACCAGGCAUGCUCACUCAUCUGAGUUCCAACUUCACAGCCACAGCUUCAGGUCUGUUUAGCUUAAGAAGCCGCAAGUGGAUGCCCAUGUUCAUGGACCUCCCCUGGAAGUUAGUGAUUUGGGGGACCAGCCUCACUGCAGACUCCAGGCUCUGACAGGUAGUGGCCUGGGCCCAGCUGCAAGCCAUGCUCCCCAAGCUUUAACCCCAGAGACUCUGCACUUUAUCUAGAAAGGACCCCUCCCCAUGGAUUGCCUUAGCUUUGACCCUGAGCUAAGGCUGGCCCUUUUCCAUCCUUCCUCCUAGAUGAUGGGUGUGUUCGUGGGAGGAAGGAAAGAGAUCCUGCCUGGAGAAAGUUGGCUUACAGCCACCCUUGCAAGAAGUGCUGGUGUAGGGUCAGCCAGGGAGAAGAGCCCUGGUCAGUGGCCUUGGAUUGUCACUUCAUUCAGGAUAAAGAUCCCUUGGGGUGGGGGAUGAGUUGGACAUUUGACUUCUAGGAGAUACUAGAGGCUCAAACAGCAGGCAUGUAUCCCCAUGGGGAAUAUGUGAGGAUCUGGACCGUGGGCUGCCUCGGCUGUACCUGGCUUUUAAUGCAGCUUUCUAUAGAGAUUCUACCUGCAGCCUCUUCUCUCUUGGGGUUCCACACCCAUUUCUUGCCAGCAACUCCCAGCGAUGCUGUGUUUUGUAUGUUAGUUACACAACUUUGUGUCCUGCCAGGUCAUGUUCUAAAAUUAAGGUUGAGAAAGGUGUGAGGUCGAAGAUCUCAGGCAGCACUGUUUCCUGUGAAGAAAAAAAAAAAAGUGUAUAUAUCCGUAGAUAUAGUACUUUGUCUUGUCAGGAGGUGGAAACCGAAAUAAAUUAUCUUUUAAAAAGAAGUCAGAUUGACUUCUUUUCACGUACCCGUGAGGACUUCACAGGAUACAUAGUCACAUCACUGGCCUUACAGAAGUAGUUACCCCCACCCAACUCUGACUAGACAGGCCUGACUAGACAGACCGGAGGCUAGGUCAGGGUUUGCCUGAGGACAGGAUGUGGCCUGCUACUUGGACAUGUGAACCUCCCUAGACUUGAUCACCGCCUGUCCUGUGGGGCCAGGAUCGGUGUCUGAUACCUGUCACUUCCCAGGUAGGAGAGGGGAGUGUUCUGGCUUAGAGGAGGUAGGGUCAGGAAGUGCCUUGAUGCCUAGGUGGUGACCAAGCAUGAUGGUUCACACAAGUUGUCUGCGGAACAAAGAUGCAAAGGACAGAGACAUCUCAAGUCUAGGGCCCUGCCAUGCUCACAAAGCUCUUAUACUUCCUAGGGAGUAGAUCCCCCAGAUACCCUGAAAAUUGAGCCAAGGGCUCAUCCCACAUAUGCUCCCAAUGGCCCCCAUCUAUCCUUUGUUUAUCCCCACGUUGGAUCUCUGUGUGUCCAUGGCCCCAUAGCCAAUGUAUAUAUACAUCAUGACAUGUCUGUCUCAUGGCUGAGUUCAGUGCACAUCUGCCAAGUUCAUGCACCAAAGAGUUAAGCUCUGGGGUGAAAAGCCUGCAGACGGUCUUUGUGGAGGGCUUGGGAGGCAGCCACUGUAAGGUCGCUGAUCCUCCAGAGGGGGCAUUCGGGCACAGACCUUCAUGCACAGGGAGAGAACAUCAUAUAGAAUCAAAAGCAGGCACCCCACAUCAUGGCCACAGGAACAGUAGAUUGUGACUGUGUCUGCCAGAGGCUGGACAAGGUCUGCACGGCCCCUCCUUCCCAGCCUCAGGACCUCCGACACCUGACGUAGUUGUGCCUCGCCCUCUCACACCUGAUGUGGCUUAUGACUUCCCGGCUGGAAGGUCCAGGCUUCAGCAGCCUUAGCUUCCCAGUUGGCAGUACUUGACCAGGAAGACCUCAGAAACUCAUCCACCAUGCUUUUAGCAUUCACACAAGUGCGUCCACUCCUGGCCGCCAGAUGAAAUCAGCAAACAGACAAAGCAUGGAUGCAGUUGAGGUUCAUGUAUCUUUUACUGACGCGGGGAAUGUGGGUCUGCUGAGCGGCCUACCGGGCCAAUAAAGAAAGCGAGGCCCCAGGGGUCGCUGACCCGGAGAACGCAAGCAGAAUGCACCAAGGUCCAGGCCAGCCUACGCCUUCCACCUGCCAUUGGGAUCCUCUUCCUAGUCUCAAUGUCCUUGCUGUUGUCCCUUGAAGUCCUCCAGGGGGAUCUCCUCCACGGAGUCAGCCUCACUGUCCUCUUCAUCUCCAGCCUCCUUCCCCUGGCGUGCCAUGGUACUCCGAGCACUCUAAAUGGCAGAAAGAAAAGUCACAGCCGCAACCGUCCAAACCAGGAGUGACCUCGAGUUGGAGAGGUGGCUCUCCUAUACCACUACAACGAGUGACUUUAGUCAUGAGCCGCCAGGCAGGUGAGGCCAAGAGAGAGUGGGGUUAUCAAGCAGGGAAAGGGCAUUUGCAGAGAGAGCCCCAAUCCUUCACUGCACUUAGAAAGGACCUUCAUGAAACUCCAUGACGGACCCUUGCACUGGUCACCUCCCCUCACAAUGGCCACCCCUCUUCACAGUCAUUACUUGCCCUCCCUGUGACUCUGAGACCACGCCUGCCCUGGUCACAUCUUACUUGCAGGCACUGCCAGUUUCCCUGACAUUGUUAGCCUGAGGCUGAUGAGAGCAAGCCUUUCCCUGAGCCGACAGGUGACAUUUGGUGCGCGUGCUUUAUGCCUAACACCUGAGAAGAUCUGAAUCUGCCUGGGUCCCAGGUGAAAUAAAGUCAGACCUGCUGUGGUGCCCGAGUUCCCGCCUCAUGCCCCACUCCUGUGCACUCC